AAAAUUAAAAAAAAGGAAGGGACGGUCCGGUGCUUGUAUUCUCAGAAAAGUUUGUACUGUUUUUGUUUUAAAGGCCUUGUUAGUUUUUAAGUGUGUGGGCGUAGUCUCAGCUUCGGUGAAUGAUGUCUGCAAAUGUGGAGGCCCAGUGUGGGGGUGUCUCGGAGGAUAAUAUCCGUCCUUCAACAACCAGCCAUGGAUAUGUUCUACCAGAAGGAAAAAUAACACCAAACACGAUCUUUGUUGGUGGAAUUGAUAUAAGGAUGAAUGAAACAGAAAUUCGGAGUUUCUUUGAACGAUAUGGUACUGUGAAAGAGGUGAAAAUAAUCACUGACAGAACUGGUGUUUCCAAAGGGUAUGGAUUUGUGUCUUUCCUGGACAAUGUGGAUGUUCAAAAAAUAAUAGAGUCACCGAUCAACUUCCAUGGCAAAAAGUUGAAACUGGGGCCAGCAAUUAGAAAGCAACAAAAUGCAUUACAAGAUUCUUAUGUGCAUCCCAGACCAUUGGUCUUCAAUCCUCCUGCACCACAGUUCCAUAGUGUAUGGAGUAAUCAGAAUACAGAGACAUACAUGCAGCCUACAGCUGUAAUGAGCCCUGUGACACAUUAUGUUCAGGCAUACCCAUACAGUUCACCAGCUUUAUUGAUACAGCAGCAAGUUCCUCUAGGCUAUCAGCCAGCCUACAACUAUCAGGUUCAACCACAGUGGCUUGCUGGGGAGCAAAGAAAUUAUGUUAUGCCUCCGGUUUAUACUUCAGUGAGCUAUCACUACACAGAGGAUCCAGAACUUACACAGACAGAAUCAACUGUUCCAGAGCCCAUGCAAUCAUCUAACAGUCCACAAAAGAAGUCUGUGGACAGGAGCAUACAAACAGUAGUAUCCUGUUUGUUAAAUCCUGAGAACCGUCUGAGGAGCACCUUUGUAUCCCAAGAAGACUACUUUAAGGAGAGAAGGAUGCAUCACUUCAGAAGAGGAAGAGCAGUAGUCAAAAGUGAUCAACAAAGAAUUUGAAGUAUCUAAAUUCAUUAACUUGAUGUUAUUACAGUUUGAUUUGGCAAUGUAUGCAAGUAUAACCUUGUUCAAAGAGUUGCUUCAAGUUGAAGUUUGUGUUCCUCAUCUUAUCUGUUCCAGUACGGUUGGUUUUGCUUGAGUAGUUUGACGUUUAAAGCUUUAAAGAGUUGACAGAGUUCUAGAUUUUAUUAAUCGUUUGCAUGCUUCCCAGAUAACUAACUAGAAUGUUGGACUUCACAUGGGAAAACCACUUUUGGUUUGUUCUGUGCAUGCAGAUUUUCUUCUGAGCUUUAAGGUACAGUUUGCAUGUUGCAUAAGUUUUUCUGAAACCACAGUGUGACUAAUACUGACCAGUUACCUCUUGCGGUCUGAAAAUGGAAGCAGUUACUUGCCCGAGAGGUAUUUUAAAGUUGCUCUUAAUCAGUGGAAUGGAAGAUGUAAAGUUGUAACUCAGCUGAAGCCCUUUAUGUCUUGGUUGUCUUUAGACUACCUACUCUCAAUGUGCUUAUGUUAAUUAAUGACAGUUUAUGUACUUGCAGUCUCUGAGCAUCUAUUAACUAUUAACGUUGGGAAUUUUAGGAUUCUCUUACCCAUAUGUAACAUAAGAUGUGAGAAUAUUAUUAGCUGUACUGACUACUAGCAGAAUAUGCUUUUUUACUUAAAAUUUUAGCAAUACCUAUAUGUUAAAAUGGUGA